AAAUGGAUCCAAACGUUUGCCAAUAUGGUAAAUGCUUUGAAUGUGGAGACACAAACAGUGGUUCUAAUUGGUGCUCCAAAUGUGAAAUCGAUUUCCUCCGGCGUAAUUUUUCCAAAUGGACAAGUGGCAAUGUCAAUAUUGAUUUAAUUAUCCAAAAGACUCAAACUACUGCUUUCGGAUGUGUGGACUAUCUGGAAUGGAUCCCUUUCGAGAACUUUGAUUUUGUUAAAUACCAUGCAAGAGGCGCGUUCAGCGUAAUUUAUUCUAGCGUAUGGAUGGAAGGGCCUAGACAUAUUUUUGACAGCGAAUCCCAAGAUUGGGUUAGAAACGGUCCUACAAAAUGUGCCUUGAAAAGAAUCGAAAAUUCUCAAUCAAUGUGUCAAGAAUAUUUAGAUAAUAUUUACAUCAAUAUCUUGCCAAAACCAUGGGAUGUCUUUGCUGGUAUGGCUUUUCUAAAUUCUCAUCAUCAUCAAAAACUUGCCAAAAAGAGAGAUGUUAUCGAUAUGCUUUGGGGAAUAGUUGUUGGUGGUCUUGAGCCAAUUCAUGAAAAUGGGUUUUUUCAUGGAAAUCUUCAUGGUGGUAAUUUAUUAGUUGAAGAGCAUCCUGAAUCAAUAAAUGUAAAAAUUUCUGAUAUUGGGUUACAUGGUCCCGCUGACAGCUCUGCAUCCGGUAUUUAUGGUGUUUUGCCUUACAUCGCUCCAGAGGUGUUGAGAGGUAAAAAAUAUACUCAGGAAUGUGAUAUAUAUAGUUUUGGAAUUAUUAUGUGGGCAAUGUCCUCCUUUGUUCCUCCUUUUUGUCAUAUUCCUCAUGACCUCGAUCUUGCAACAUUAAUAUGUGAUGGUUUAAGGCCAAGUAUCAUCGAUGGUACUCCCGAAGUGUAUGUAACACUAAUGGAAAGAUGCUGGCAUCAAGAUCCAAGCCAGAGACCUAAAGUUUCUGAACUUAAUGAAAUUUUAACUUCAUGGAUGACUGCAAUCAGCGAUGACCCUGAUCCUUCACCAACUUCUGAGCAAUUUGAUAUUGCCGAAGAAAAGAGAUUUUCCGAUUUAAUAAAUAAAACUUUUCCCAAACCAAAAUUUCAUAAUCAAGCGGUUUAUAUAAGCAGAUUAUUAAAUUAUAAAUCUCUUUAUAAGAAUACUCAAUAG